GGUAUUUCCGCGAUGACAUCCUGUGCCACUUCUGCGCCAGCAUGAUCAGCGGCCUCGUCACCACCGCCGCCUCCAUGCCCGUCGACAUCGCCAAGACGCGCAUCCAGAACAUGCGGACGAUCGACGGGAAACCCGAGUACCGCAACGGGCUGGACGUGCUGCUGAAGGUGGUGCGGCACGAGGGUUUCUUCAGCCUGUGGAAGGGUUUCACGCCGUACUACGCCCGCCUGGGCCCGCACACCGUGCUCACCUUCAUCUUCCUCGAGCAGAUGAACGCCGCCUACCGCCGCUUCGUGCUGCGCGCCGCCCCAUAGCGCCCGGCCCCAUAGCACCCGGCCCCACAGCGCCCGGCCCCACUGACACGGCCUGGCCCCAUAGAGGGGCUGACCCCUGAACCCAAGACCCCCAGAUGGGGCUGACCCCAUGGGGCUGACCCCUGAACCCAAGACCCCCAGAUGGGGCUGACCCCUGGCCCCAUAGAGGGGCAGACCCCAUGGGGCUGACCCCUGAACCCAGGACCCCCAUAUGGGGCUGACCCAUGGCCCCCUAGAGGGGCUGACCCCUGACCCCAGGACCCCCAGAUGGGGGAUGACUCCUGGCCCCAUAGAUGGGCAGACCCCAUGGGGCUGACCCCUGAACCCAGGACCCCCAGAUGGGGCUGACCCCUGACCCCGGGACCCCUGUAUGGGGCUGACCCCUGCCCCUGGGACCCCCAGAUGGGGCUGACCCCAUGGGGCUGACCCUUGAACCCAGGACCCCCAGAUGGGGCUGACCCCUGACCCCGGGACCCCUGUAUGGGGCUGACCCCUGGCCCCAUAGAGGGGCUGACCCCAUGGGGCUGACCCUUGAACCCAGGACCCCCAGAGGGGGCUGACCCCUGACCCCAUAGAUGGGCAGACCCCAUGGGACUGACACCUGAAACAAAGACCCCCCCAUAUGGGGCUGAGCCCUGACCCCACGGGGCUCACCCCAGCCCCAUAGUGGGUGCUGACCGCUGACCCUGGGACCCCCAUAUGAGGCUGACCCCACGGGGCUGACCCUGGCCCCAUAGAGGGUUCUGACCUCUGACCCUGGGACCCCCAGAUGGGGCUAACCCCGGACCCCAGGACCCCCAGAUGGGGCUGAGCCCUGGCCCCAUAGAGGGGCUGACCCCAUGGGGCUGACCCCUAACCCCAUAGGGUUGACCCCCAGCCCUGUAUAGGGGCUGACCCUGGGACCCCCAUGGGGCUGCGCCUAUGGGGGCUGGGCGGCAGGGUGGGGGGGGAACUCCUAUGGGGCUGUAUGGGGACAGCACCCAUUAUGCCUCUCCCCGCCCCCCAGGUUCUUCUCAUUACAAAAGAGUUAAUUAAAACGAAACAGAGAUGUUCA